CUUUUAAAAUUUAGUUUGAUGAUAUUUCAAAAUUUAAAGUUUAAGUUACUUUUAGACCGCUUAUUAAAUAAACUUUCGGCCAAUAGAAAUGGUGCGCGUAACCGAAGAUAUGUUCGGCAUUGCCGUAAAUCCUAUGACCCAAAAGACCGAUCACAUUCGACGAUUCACGCUUUGCACUGAGCGUGGCAUGUCUGUAUCCGUAUUGACGUUGGGAGCCACCAUACAAAGCGUUAAGGUGCCGGACUUUAAUGGCAAGCUCGAAGACGUUUGCCUGGGUUACGAUGAUGUCGCUGGAUACUAUCGCAACCAAGUAAAUUAUUUCGGUGCUACCCUUGGGCGGGUGGCAAAUCGUGUGGCAUGUGGUCAAUUUAAGCUGUGCGGCAAGGAGGUCAGCUUAACUCGUAAUUACAAAGACAAAUACCAUCUGCAUGGCGGCUAUGUUGGCUUCGAUAGUGUUAUAUGGGAUGUGGUGGGCAUACAUAAGGACGGCAUGACCCUGCAACACAUCUCCCCGGACGGUCAUGAGGGCUAUCCCGGCGAAGUGACAGUCAACAUCAACUUUUCGCUCAACGAAACUGGCUGCUUUGGAAUAAGAAUUGAGGCACGAGCAAAGGCCACCACUUGCAUAAAUAUUUCGAAUCAUGCCUGCUUUAAUCUGGCUGGACACAACACGGGCAAGGAAACGCUUCUUCAGCACAUGGUUAUGAUAAAAGCGAACAAAAUUACAGAGACUGAUACAGAUCAAAUACCAACGGGCAAACUAGUUCCCGUUCGCAACACUCCGUAUGACCUCACAUCAUUAUCUAAUGUAGGAAAGAAAUUGAUUCAACUGCAGGAUUGUCCCGUGCGAGGCUUUGAUCAUAACUACUGUUGUGACGUGCAACCAAAUCAAGUCAAGUUGGUAGCCCGCGCUGUGCAUCCGUGCAGCGGCCGCUUUAUGGAGAUUCAUACCAAUCAGCCGGGCAUCCAAUUUUACACGGCAAAUAAUUUGCCUGACGAGGGACGUGGAGAUGUGCCCAAUAUUGGAAAAGCUGGAGCUCAUUAUGGACGACAUGGCGCAUUCUCAUUUCAGACUCAAAAAUAUCCGGAUGCAAUGAACAAUGCUGAAUUUCCGUGCAUCGUAAUAAAUCCCGGCCAGCUAUACGACCAUCAGGUGGUCUAUAGGUUCGGCGCAUGCCCGAAGAGAGUGUAAUAAUGGACUUGACAGUAUUUUAGGAAUAAAUAAAUUAUAAACUCUCAUGAAAUAAUUGGUGUUCUUUUCAGCC